AUCGUCGGACCCUCGCCUAAAAUCUGUUCCUUGAGAUUUCCUUUACCUCUCUUGUGGGCAGGAAGAUGCCCGAAUAAUGUCCCUCUGUGACGGCUCCUGGGAUCUCGUCCGGAGCUACGGCGUCCGGCUGCCGAGCGAAGCAGAUGCUCUCAAUGUGUCCGCUAUUACGGAUCCAGUCUUCCGGCACUGGUGCCAGCAGAAACCGGUUUCGGAACUCUCGCAUUACUUCGUCGGCGUGCUCUUGGUCCUCAUAUGUGUGAUAAGCAUCAUUGGGAACCUGUUGGUUGUUGUCGUUUUCACUAGGUACCGUCGCCUGAGGAGUCCUGCCAACAUCCUGAUCGUAAACCUGGCGGCGAGUGAUCUCCUGAAUGGUCUUUUACACCCAAUGGCCGCCUACUCAGCCUUCAAGGGAAGCUGGAGCUUCGGAAGAGAAGGUUGCAAGGCAUACGCUGCCCUGUGCGGACUGCUCGGCCUCGUAUCCAUCGUCACGCUGACUGCCAUCGCCGUAGAACGCUGCCUGGUCAUCUCGGUGAAACCUUGGCAUGGUACUGUUCUCUUCACGCACUCGAAGGCAAAGGGCACCAUCGGAAUCGUCUGGCUCUACUGCCUGGCCUUGGUCCUGCCCCCCAUUGCUCUGGGCUGGGGCGCCUUCGUCCCUGAGGGCUUUCUCACCAGUUGUUCAUUCGAUUACCUAUCACGCACACGUUCCAACAGAGCUUAUUUCUUCUUUCUCUUCAGUUUCGGAUUUUUCCUACCAAUCACUCUCAUAGGUGUUUGUUACACAUUUAUCCUCCAGACCGUUUUCCAGAACGAGAGAGCCAUGAAACUGCACCACGUGACCAAGAGUAGCCACUCGAAAGUCAAGAGGAGCGAGUACCGAGCUGCUGAAAUGAUCCUUAUGGUUAUCGCCCUUUUCCUCAUCUCGUGGACUCCCUACUCUUUGAUCGCCUGCCUCGGACAGUUUGGAGACAAGAGCCUACUCACACCCUGGGUGUCGGUGUUACCCAGCCUUUUCGCCAAGAUGUCCACUUUGUACAACCCCGCUAUCUACGGCAUCUCCCACCGACACUUCCGAACUGCCCUCAAGAGGAUGUUCGAGGGGGACUCUCGGAGGAGCAGGAGUGGAACCUACUUCAGUAGAAAUUCAUCCCUCAGCAACUAUAGGAGAGGGUGCCCUUGUCUUCCACUCAACUGCACAACGGAUGCUUUGGAGGACAACAGCUCUUCCCUCACAGGAAAGAAGAUAUGCUUGGGCAGUCCACAAGAUAAUUGUAGAGCAGUGUACAACCGAAAAAGUCGCACAAGAGAAGGCUUUCCCAAUCUUUGUGUUUGUAGUCGAAUGAGGAUGGUGCCCAGGGACUUCACUUGUUUACUGGAUGAUCCAUCUAUUUGUUUCCAACACAUCCCCAGAUUUCCCUGCAGAUUGCAUAGUGAUCAGUCCACUUCCUGUAUGUGCGAUAACAAUUCCAUGUGCCGGCAUGCUUUUUGUAGAAAAAAAUAUAAUAAUCUUAUAAAAUCGCAUGCUAUGGAUAUUAAAUUUGAGCAGAGACAAAAAAUUCAUGAGCAGGCCGAAUCUAUAAAUCCUGACAGUCUGUAUGAAGACAGCAGUUUCGUGUGUCGCCAUCAUGUAUCAAACAGAUGCUUUUACAGAUUUCAAUAUGGGUAUGGAUCAUGCAAUGAUUUUAUAAAUCCUUCCAUUCUGAAAUACAAUUUGCACAGACCGAAGUGUAAGAUGUUUCCAUAUAAACGCAAGGAAUUCGCAACAUCUAUGGAAUCUGGGCUGGUUGGUAAAAAAUCUAUCCUUUCUGUUCAUCAGCCUGAAAUUUCAUAUUCGUCAGUAGGAUCAGUACCUGAAUUUUAUGAUAACUAUAACGGAUUUCCGCUUUCUUAUCUUAAGCAACAUGAUAAGCUAAACACCGACGGCACAAUUUAUAGAAAAAAAAAGUUAGAGAAACGCCCUAAGUCCGAAAUCGACGGCAUGUAUUCCACCAGAAAUGAGGAGACAUCAACAAAUUACACCAGAAAUGAGGAGGUUUCCCUAAAAAGUUCUUGCAAAUUUAGUGAAUCCACAUGCAUUAAGGAAUCGUUACCUUCGUAUAAUUGCAAAAACAUGAAAUCAGAAAGAGAAAGCGUACUUUUCAAACAUAAGUGUUGUAAAAAAAUUGAAUCUCUUGUUCUCGAAGCCAAAUCUGAAAAUACUGUAAAAUUAGAAAAACUGCCUCAUAAUGAAUUGGAAUCCACACAAAGCCAAAACUCGACGAAUAUUUCAUUCAACCACGAGGAAAUGCCAAUGUGCGUUUUCAUCUCGCGCGGCUUUAACUUCGCAACCAAAAAAUUCUUUUUUAAUAAAGAAGGGCGGAUUUCUAAUGCACAUCCGAGUUUAAUCCGCAGUCUGAUGUUUCAUAGCGAAAGAUCGAUUCAUCAGAAAUACCAGACGUUUUUCGAAUGUGAUCGCAUCAUCAGAGUGCCCACGUCCGACUCCUUUCAAUCUGAAUUCUUUAGAAAAUGCUGCAGUUCCAUUCCAAAGAACAGAAGAGCCACAGUAGUCCUGGAAUCUGGACAAAUGAAAAAUAUCCUUCGAAAUUCAUCUGGAAAUGAGACUUAAGACAAUAAGAACAGUAUACUGAUAUAAAAUAGUGCAUAAGUAAAACUAUGCUGUGGAUUAAAAUUUGUUUAAUAUUUUUUGUAUUGCUAUUUAAUGUAAUGACUAACACACAAGAUGAAA